UUGAGCCAAAUAUCGGGAGCGGAGAUACACAAUGGGGCCGAGCGCAGCACGAACACACUGCUGAAAGGCUUGUCCGUCUGUUACACACCGUGCACCUUUGGUCGUGGCGUCGGGGCAGACUUAAGCAGCGGAAAUUACAAAUAGUUUGGAUAGUCUCGCUUUUCUUUUUCGACUGAUUCUGUCAGUGAGAAAUUGCGUUCGGUCACUGAGCCGCAUCACUUAAGAGGUCAUCAUGCCUCCCACAACUCCUUAUGCCGGAAAGUUCAGCUCUUGCGCUCCGUACGGCAACAACAACAACCAUCCUCAGCCUCACAGCCCGUACCGCAGCGGCACCGUCCCAAAACUGGCAAAGGAAAACGUCUACAAUGGUGCCUACUCUGUGGCCGAAAACCCCUACGACAUACCGCAGCCUCACAGCUCCUACCGCAGUUCCUCCGUCUCCUCUGUGACGGCGAAGGAGCAUCAUUACAACAGCAGCUGCGCGGUUUCAGAGAACCCGUACUCCUCACCGCAGUCUCGCAGCCCUCGACAGCACAGCACUUCCUGUCCAGGCCGCGCGUACCGCCACACCACAAGCAGCAGCAGCAGCAGCAGCGAGCAGUCCUGUCGUAACAACACUGCUGCCGCGAAGGCUCGACUUUACGGACACGGCAUCACUGCUAGCUACGGGGAGAUGUGUUAUCAUGACAACAGUUUGGUUUCAGCAUCUCUUGAGGCGCUGAUCCAGCACCUGGUUCCCACAGUGGACUACUACCCUGAUAGGUCAUAUGUGUUUACCUUCCUGCUGAGUUCACGCCUCUUCCUGCACCCGUACGAGCUCAUGACGAGGGUUUGUCACCUGUGUGUGGAGCAGCAGCGGUCUGGAGACGCCCUGCUUGAUAAGAUCCGUUUCCGUGAGGUGGCGCCUAAGCUGGUGCAGCUGCUGACCGAAUGGACGGAGACAUUUCCAUACGACUUCAGGGAUGAGAGGAUGAUGCGCUGCCUCAAGGACAUGACACACCACGUGGCCCGAGGUGAUGAGUACUCCUGGCGAGCCAUGCAGCAGAUGACCCAGCGGCUGAUCAAACGCCUAUCAGCGCUCGGCCAGUACGAGGAGGCCGUGGCUGCGCUCAACGCCGUGGCGAUGGAGCGGCCCGCUUCCCUGAAAAGCAAACAGGUUUCGGGUCAGAGAAGCGACGUGCUGAGCGUCUGUGACGACCCCUUCAUCUUCGCUCAGCAGCUCACACACAUUGAACUGGACAGACUGAGUUUUAUCGGUCCUGAGGAGUUUAUCCAGACAUUUGCUAUGAAGGACCCUCUGGAGAACCAUAAGGGUUUCUUCCGGAAGCGUAAAACCAGUAACCUGGAGGCCUAUGUCAACUGGUUCAACAGACUGAGUUUCCUAGUGGCCACCGAGAUCUGUAUGCCAGUGAAGAAGAAACACAGAGCGCGGAUCAUAGAGUUCUUCAUUGACGUGGCUCAGGAGUGUUUCAACAUUGGCAACUUCAACUCCCUCAUGGCCAUCAUCACUGGGAUGAACAUGAGUCCUGUUGCCAGACUGAAGAAAACCUGGAGUAAAGUCAACACUGACAAAUUUGAAAUCCUGGAGCACCAGAUGGACCCGUCCAGUAAUUUCAGUAACUACCGUACUGCGCUCCGUGGCGCCACCCAGCGGUCUGAGACUGCACACAGCAGCCAGGAGAAGAUUGUGAUUCCUUUCUUUAGUCUCCUCAUUAAAGACAUCUACUUCCUGAAUGAAGGCUGUGCCAGCAGGUUGGCCAAUGGACACAUCAACUUUGAGAAACUGUGGGAGCUGGCAAAGCAUGUGAGUGAGUUCCUGGUUUGGCGUCAGGUGAUUUGUCCAUUCGACAGAGACCGACGGAUCCUCCAGUACCUCGUCACCACGCCGGUCUUCAGCGAAGACGAGCUGCAUCUGGCCUCAUAUGAGAGUGAAGGACCUGAGAACAACAUGGAGAAAGACAGCCGUAGGUCUCUCAGAUCUUCCCUUCUGCAUCGCGAGAAUCGGUCCUAAGGGGAAGAUCUCCUCUGCUGUACAGACUUGAAACGAAUGAGGAUUUUUAUUAAGCUACAGAUUACUCCACA